AUGGAGCCUUUGGGGGCUACAAACAUUUGUCUCAUGCUUUGUGCUGCCUGCCUCUUUUUUCUUUCAGCCUGGAGGAAGGUGUCUGGGCGGGAGAGGCUGCCUCCUGGCCCCUACCCUCUGCCCUUGGUUGGAAACAUAUUGCAGUUGGACACAAGGGACUUCCCCAGAUCCUUGGAGAAGCUCAGCCUGACGUACGGGUCGGUGUUCACAAUCUACCUGGGCUCUCAACCGGCCGUGGUGCUCUACGGGCACGAAGUGGUGACGGAGGCCUUGCUUGCCCAAGGGGACGAGUUCAGUGCCAGAGGAAACAGCCCCAUCCUUGAGAAAACAGCCAAUGGGACAGGAAUUGGCUUCAGCAACGGGGAAACAUGGAAGCAACUCCGACAGUUUGCGGUUGCCACACUGCACAAUUUGGGGAUGGGGGGAAAGAGCAUCGAGGAGAGGAUCCAAGAGGAAGCCGGUUUCUUGGUGGAGAGACUCCGAAGCACAAAUGGAAGGCCCUUUGACCCCACCCGCUUCCUCAGCAGCACGGCCACAAACAUCAUUUGCUCAAUUACCUUUGGGAGUCGCUUUGAUUAUGAAGACAAGGAUUUCCUGGAAUUCAUUCACCUGCUGGAGGAAAAUGCCCGUCUCCAGUCCUGCACAAUGACGAAGCUGUACAAUAUAUUCCCGGCAAUCCUGGAAUAUUUUCCUGGCUCUCACAAGAAGAUAUUUAAAAAUACAGAGGAAUUAAAGCAUUUCAUCUCAAGGAAGGUGAAGACACACCAGGAGUCCCUGACACCCAACCAGCCUCAAGAUUUCAUUCAUGCCUUCCUCAUCAAAAUGGAGCAGGAGAAACAGAAUAGUCAGUCAGUGUUUGACCUUCAAAGUUUGCUGAGGAGCACAUUAGACCUCUUCAUUGCAGGAGCAGAAUCAACCAGCCUUGUCCUGAAGUAUGCCCUCCUGACUCUCAUGAAGCACCCAGAGGUAGAAGAGAAAGUUCAUCAAGAAAUUGACCACGUGAUCAGCCAAUCACGAAGGCCUUGCAUGGCAGAUCUUGGUAAGAUGCCCUACACAGAUGCCGUGAUCCAUGAGAUCCAUCGAUGUUUGGCUCUUGUGCCGCUGAAUGUGCCACAUGCUGUCACCAGAGACACCUGCUUCAGGCAAUAUCUCAUUCCCAAGGGCACCACCAUAUUUGCUGCUCUGAAGCCCUCCUUGUAUGACUGCAGGGAAUUCCCCAACCCACAGCAAUUUGAUCCUGGGCAUUUUCUGGAUGCAAAGGGAGGCCUGAGGAAGAGUGAAUUCUUCAUUCCUUUUUCUACAGGCAAGCGGGCUUGUCUUGGUGAGAAGCUGGUGGCCAUGACGGUAUUUGUGGUCCUGACAGCUAUUUUGCAGCACUUUGACCUGGUCCCUCUCACUGCUCCCGAGGACCUUGAUACAUCGCCAACACCAGGAUUUCUGACAGUUGCCCCCAAACCCUACCAGCUCUGCGUUGCCCCACGCUGACAGCUGGGGAGGUUGCGACUG